UACUUCGGUUACAACUUAAUGGCAAAUAGUCAUCUUGUGGGCGUUCGUAUCGAAACUUUUGAUGAUGCUCAAAAGCAGUUCUAUGAGGCUCGGAAUGAUGGUUUUGCUUUCAUUGGUAUAGACUUGUUUCCAGUGCUACAGUUGUGUCCCCAGUCUCCUCAUGAUGUCGCUGAAAUGCUUCCACUUGUCCGCUCUGAUAGCAUUUAUCCAAAAAAGGGUAUGCUGUACUUGAUAUUAAGGUGUUUAGGUGAUUCAAUUUGUGGAGCUAUUGUCGGAUUCACAUCUAAGUGGAUAGAUUGUGACUCAACUGACCCAAGAAUUUCCUCCAUAUCUCAGCUCUGCUUACAGAAAGAGCUUUCCUGGGCUGUACAUUUAGCGCUUCCAGCCGUUGAAGUAUCUAUUCGACAUGACAAUAACGUAAAAUUGGCGCGAGUGCUAACUGCAUUUAUCAAAUCUGAAAUGGCUCCGUUCAAGAUCUGGAUAUCCGUCCCGAUGUACGUUGGAGGUGAUAAUGCAUCGCACACUUGUGGGCGAGACGCGUCAUCGCCGUGGCACUGGUGGUGUCAAUUGGUGGGGCUGGCGGGUCCCGCGGCGUGUGAGUCACUCGGUCUUCUCCUUGAGAUGCCUGCCGACUUACCCGAGGAGGGUAUUGUCAGCCGCUGGCUCAGCGAACCCGUCACCUGCCUUGCUCUCUCCACUCAGCUCUUCAUUACCAAUUCCAAAGGCUUUCCGAUCCUAUCUCGCGCUCAUCAGCAUGUUCUGCGCAAAUUUCUGAAGAUUAAUGCUCAAGUAUUGAUCAAGGGAUCAAGUCAACAUGAGCGUGGUCUCUCUAUUUAUCGUCAAUAUAUAAGUUGGCUUUGGAAGUGUACUGUUGAAGCGGAAUCACUCUACGAAAAGUACUCAAUAGGAUUUGAAGAUCAGCUUCAGGAGCCUCUUCAACCACUCCAGGACAACCUUUCAUCAGCAACUUAUGGCGUAUUCGAAAUGGAUCCUUACAAAUACAGGGCGUAUGAAGAAGCUAUCUGUUUGGCUUUAGUACAUCGGUGCACCUCCAGAAAGGAAGGAGAGUCCCGUCAGUCUCCUCUCUUGGAGUUGGAUUAUAAGGGAGAUUGCGAUGUAAAACAGGUUAUAUACAUACUAGGUGCUGGUCAGGGUCCUUUUGUGGAUGCCAGUCUUCAGGCAAGCCGCCGCUCUGGUUGUCCAGUUCGAGUUUACAUCAUUGAAAAAAACUCAAACGCCCUGCUUACACUGAAGCACCGCAUGCAGACAGAUUGGCUGGGCGAGGACGUCCACCUUGUUCCUGGUGAUAUGCGUUGCUUGUCUGCUCCACCUCCAGAAAAGGCGGACAUAUUUGUUAGCGAGUUAUUGGGGUCUUUCGGGGAUAACGAGCUCAGCCCUGAAUGCCUCGAUGAUGAUGGUAUUAGUAUACCGGCCUCGUAUACAUCUUAUGUUGCGCCUCUCCAGUCGCUGCGAAUACAUAUUGACGUCUCGAGAUGCAUGGACAAUCCCAAGUUCCAGGAGCGCAUACACAGGCAUUCAGAAACGCCUUAUGUUAUUCGACUUUCGAAUUGUCAGAUACUGGCUGCACCAGAGGAGGCAUUUACUUUCAAGCACCCUCGGAAAGAUAUUGGCACUACUACCAACAGUCGUUACUGCUGCCUAACUUUCGUGCCGAGAGAAGAUGCAAUAGUACACGGAUUUGCAGGGUACUUCGAAGCCGUGCUUUAUGAUAAGAUCAUGCUAAGCAUUCAUCCACAGCGCCACAGCCCUAACAUGUUCUCGUGGUUUCCGAUGGUCUUCCCUCUAGUUUCCGCAGUACCCGUUAAAGCAGGCCAGAAGAUAGUGUUACACCUCUGGCGCUGCAUUUCACCACGGUACGUAUGGUACGAAUGGGCCACAACCGAACCGACAGUCUCCAAAAUCCAUAAUUCGGGUGGAUCUGCUUACAAAAUUGGACUGUGA